UAAGCCACAGAGAAGGAUGAACGGGACAUCUUUCCCUUGGCUAUUCUUUAGUAGUAGGUCAGCGGGCAGCAAAUUCCAUGUUCUUCCUUCAUCAGAAAAUUUCCUUAGUUCCCCUUUCCUCCUGAGGAUCAUUCCGCCGGAUACAGGAUUUGUAGUGGACUUGAAAACCUGCCACUUCCUUCUGCCUCCGUGCUGUCGGAUACAAACCUACCAUCACUAAAUCAGUGUUCCUUCAUAUGCCAUGGGUUGUUUCUCUGGCUGUUCUCAAAGAUUUUUUUUUCUCUCGUCUUUAGUUUCCAGAACUUUGCGAUGUGUCUCAGUGUGACUGCUUAUCGCGCUCGGGGUUCACUCAGCUUCUUGGACCAUUAUUUCUUCAGUCUCACUCUUAACCUUCUGGAACCCGCCCACCACUGCCCAACUCACUGUGGAAUCAGUGCCGCCCAAUGCUGCCGAAGGGAAGGACGUUCUUCUGCGAGUCCACAGUCUGCCUGGGGAUCUUCUAGGCUAUAACUGGUUCAGAGGGGAAACUGUAAUGUCCAGUCAUCAAAUUGUAUCAUAUGUAGUAGACACACAAGUAGCUACCCCAGGGCCUGCACACAGCGGCAGAGAGACAAUAUACCCCAAUGGAUCCCUGCUGCUCCAGAGAGUCACCCUGAACGACACAGGAAACUACACCCUACAAAUCGUGAGGAAAAAUGCUCAAGUGGAACAAGGAACAGGACAAAUCCGCGUAUUCCCGGAGUUAAUCAAACCCAUCAUCACACGGAACAACUCUGACCCUGUGGAGAAUGCGGAUUCUGUAGUAUUAACGUGUGAACCUCAGACUCAGAGCACAAGCUACCUGUGGUCAGUAAACAGUAAGAGCCUCCCGGCCAGCGCCAGGCUGAAACUGUCCCUGGACAACAGGACUCUCACUAUACACCGUGUUACAAGAAAUGACACAGGGCCCUAUGAAUGUGAGACUUGGAACCCAGUGAUUGCUGGUUGUAGUGACCCAUUCACCCUGAAUGUUCUCUAUGGCCCGGACGCCCCCACCAUUUCCCCCUCAGACUCUCACUACCGUCCAGGGGCCAGCCUCAGGCUCUCCUGCCACGCAGCCUCUAACCCACCCGCACGGUACUCUUGGCUUAUCAAUGGGAGGCCCCAGCCGUCCACACAGGAGCUCUUUAUCCCCAACCUCGCUGCGAAUGAUAGUGGAGCCUAUACCUGCAUCGCCUCUAACUCUGGCACUCGCCUCAAGAAGACCACAGUCCAGACUAUCACAGUCUCUGAUGGAAGAAAGACCACAGGUCUCCCUGUGGGGUCCAUCAUUGGCUUUGCAGUCGGGGUCCUGGUCGGACUGGCACUGACAGUGGCCCUGGGGUGUCUCCUGCUCCGCACAAGGACUGAAAGGCCAUGGUCCAGCCAGCAGUUCCAUUUUCCCGGACUCCCUGGCCAGCCCUACCACAGCCGUUCCUAUCUACCAGGAAUUACAACACCCCAACACGAACAUUUAUGGCCAGAUCAACCACAAAGCAGAAAUGGCUUCUUAGUUUCCCCUGGGAACUGCUCCUUCCAGGGGCCCUCCUGUACCCCAGACUCUAGGUGGAGUCAGGAGCUGCAGCCUGAGCCAGAGGACAGCCUCUAAGCCCUGAGAAUAUUUAGAGACAUGGAGCCAGGGUCAGGUCCCUCCUGAUUUCUGGAGACCCCCACAGUCUGCCCUGAACCCAAGACAAAGAUCCCCAUCUCCCAGGAAGUAGGGGUUCCCAGGUAAAAUGUCCUGACCCUUGACCCCCUGGGAAUGAUCUGAGAGGACCUGAAUAAAGAGAACUCAUCCCCUCCUUGA